UACCAAGAAUACAAAAUGGCGUUGUUGUGUACAACAAAAUAUUUUGCGAGAAAUAUCCAUCGCGUCAUCUUAAAACGAUGCUCCUUGGCCUUCUGUAAUGGUGUAAUCAGUAGAUCUUCUAGAGUGAUGUCAUUGAGAACUUUAGCAUAUGAUGAAGAAUAUGAUCAUCCAAAAAUGAAGACUCCAGUACCAGGACCAAGAUCAGAGGAGCUAAUGAAAGACUUAUCAGAAAUACAGCAGUCCAAUGCUACAAAAUUCUUUGUAGAUUAUGAUAAAUGCCGUGGGAAUUAUAUAGUUGAUGCUGAUGGUAAUGUAAUGUUGGAUGUCUAUCAGCAAAUUGCAUCGGUUCCUUUAGGUUAUAAUCAUCCAGCACUCAUCAGAGCCAUUCACGAUCCUGCUAAUGUAUCUACUUUAGUCAACCGCUCAGCUCUUGGUAUUCUACCUCCUGCAUCUUUCCCUCAAGACUUAAAGGAUUCUCUACUUUCAGUUGCCCCUCCUGGUCUUUCCGAAGUGACAACGAUGGCUUGUGGAGCAUGCUCUGUAGAAAAUGCCAUGAAAGCCGCCAUGUUUCGGUAUAAGACAAGAGUUCGAGGAGACCCAAAUCCCACAGCCGAAGAAAUGGAAUCAUGUGUAAUGAAUCAAAGCCCAGGUUCUACUUCUCUUUCCAUCCUCUCCUUCAAAGGAGGAUUCCAUGGGAGAACGUUUGGUGCCCUCACAGCAACCCAUUCCAAGCCGAUUCACAAGGUAGAUUUACCAGCCUUUGAUUGGCCAGCAGCCUCGUUCCCUCAGUUAAAGUAUCCUUUGGAAGAAAACGUUCGAGAAAACACAGCUGAAGAGCAGCGCUGCCUGGAUGAGGUGCGUGAAUUGAUCACCAAGUGGAACAAGGCUGGUAAACACGUGGCUGGUAUUUUGGUGGAACCCAUUCAAGGAGAAGGAGGUGACCGUCACGCGUCUCCUGAGUUCUUCAAAGGACUACAGAACAUUGGAAAAGAGUAUGGUGCAGCCUUCAUUGUGGACGAAGUUCAAACUGGUUGCCUCGCAACUGGAAAAUUCUGGGCCCAUGAACACUGGGGUCUGGAUGAGCCCCCAGAUAUUGUGACCUUUGCCAAGAAAAUGUGCACUGGUGGAUUCUACUGCAAAUCUGAGUUCAGGCCAAACGUGCCUUUUCGCAUCUUUAACACAUGGAUGGGAGAUCCAAGCAAGAUUCUUUUACUACGCGAAGUCAUUAAAGUCAUUAAUGAGGAUAACCUUGCAGAAUCUACCCAGAAUGCUGGGCGAGCACUGCUGAAUGGUCUAAAGGACCUAGAGGCAAGAUAUUCUAGUUUUCUAUCGAAUGCUCGUGGUCAGGGAACGUACUGUGCUAUAGACUUACCUAAUGUAGAUUCUAGGAAUGGUAUGCUUACGGCAUUACGAAAUAAUGGAAUCGAAAUAGAUGGAUCUGGCGUGAAUACAAUUCGCUUCCGCCCGGCUCUCAUCUUCACUCCACGUCAUGCUGAAAUAGUCCUUGAUAAAAUUGACUAUUUGUCAUAAUUAUAAAACAGAAACGUUGAAAUGGCUAUCGUGAUCUUCCUCUGAUUUGCCUCAAUAAUUAAUUAAUACUGAUUUCAGAAGUUGUCGCGAAAUUUAAAGAACCUCUAGAUGGGUACGUUUUUGAAUUCGUCAAACGCAGAUAUUGCAUUCGGCGCUUUUGUUUUUCCAUUUCAUUCCUAUUUGGUCCUCUGCUUACUCACUAUGCAUAUCUACAGUAAAUAUGCACUUCGCAUUCUUAAUUCACCCACAACUCAAAUUACCACGGCCACUUAUUUUUGGUCCAAAUUUAUGAAAAUUGGGCUUGCUGUGGUUCGACGAAAGAACAGCAUGACAAUAAUCUGAAUAAUAUGAACUUUGACCUAGCGUCAUGGAAAAUAUGUGCAGUUAACAUGAACUUGAUCGUCGGAAAAAUCUUUUUACGAACAUAUUGAAACUGUAAAAAAAAUACUCCAAUUAUGAAUACUACUAUUAAAAGAAUUGUUAUAUACUAAA